UUAAACCACUCACUCCCCUUCUUCUUCCUCUUCACAUCCAUUCCACACCAAUAUCCUCCUUCCUAAUUUUCAAACCAAAUGGGUUGCUGCGUUAGCAAAUGCAGGCCCGAAUACAAACCCUCCCAAGAAGAAGAACAACAACAUAAUCAACACCACUUCAACUUCAACCACGUUCAACACAAGCUUCCAAUCUCAUCACAAACUCCACCACCACUUCCACCAACCCUUUACUCCUCAACAAAAAUCUCACCCUCCCCACCUUCUCCAACCUCUUCCACUUCCUCAAUCUCCUCCUUCACAUGCACCACUUCCAACACCAUCUCUUCAGCCUCUUCUUUAUCCACCGCUUCCUCUUCCUUGAGCUCCAAGGACAGGUCCUUCUCUAACGAGUUCCUCUGGUCGUGCUACAAAGACAACCCUCACAUCAUCACUCGCAUCAACUCUCUCAGGGAUGCCACCUCUCUCUCCUUCUUGCCACCAACUAAACCUAAUAGAAAGCUUGUAAACAUAAACCCCUCACCGCCAAAACCCAACUUGGCUUCACUGAAUAAGCGCUCUCCGCCACCACAAUCGUUUUCCAUGCCACAGAAGAGGGUUCGAUCAAAUUCUCCAACGAACCUAACACGACAGAAGAGUUUCCGAAAGGACACGGAGAGGUCUAUUACUAUUAAUCAUGCUUCCAACGUGCAGAGUAGGUCGCUAAUUAGGUCACCCUCUCCCAGCAGAAGAUUCAAUGGAGACAAAUGUGAAAGUGCUAAUUUGGCUACAACGAUGAAUAGUUCCAAGGUUAAUGGUGUUAUAAGUGGAGUUCAUUCGAAUUCUCAUCAUUCUGUUUUGUCUUCUAGGAGGAAAGAGAGUGUUAAAGCGGCGAGUCCCAAUAAUAAUUGUUCACGAAGAGUAUUUCAUUCUGGUUUGAGAAACACUCGCGAGACUUCUUGCACUUUGGGAUUGGGGGUUAGUCCUAAAGUUGAUGAAACCGUGGUUAAGGAUGUGGUGUCUGACUAUGACAUGGACUUAACUCUGAUGGAGGAUAUUGACAACCCUCUUAUCUCCUUGGAUUGUUUUAUCUUUUUGUAGAAAAGGGUGUGUCCAACAUAUUCAUAUAUUUUGGUGUCCAUAGAAAGUUCGAAACCAAUUUCUGCU